UGUCUGCCUGAGAUCAAAAUAGUAGAGCACUGUUUAUAAACACUGCGCUCUGGAUAAAAUGUACAGUUAUUAAUUGGCUAAGGAGUCUAAUGCUAUCCGGGGAGCAACCAUGGCGAAAUAUGUACUCGGCAUAGACAUAGGAACUACUUCAAUCAAGGUCGUGUUACUUGAUAUUAACUCAAAAACAGUAACGGAUAGCUUCUCUCUGCCAACCAAGGCAUAUAUCGUCAGCGACGAAACGCAUGCCAAAGAGCAGGACUCUGUACAAAUCAUAACGACUCUGAAUGAGUGCAUUGCCUCUCUGCCCAUAGACAAGCUCCAGAAUGUCAGUAGAAUUGGGGUGUCUGGACAAAUGCAUGGGGUUGUAUUCUGGAAAGCACAAACAGUCCUGUACCAUCACUGUCUACCCUCAGGCUGUGAUUGGUCAGGUGGAGGGAGCCGUCACCUCUUCAGCCCUAGAGACACCAGUCAUCUAAUCACCUGGCAGGAUGGGCGCUGCAACAGUGAUUUCCUGUCUACUCUUCCAAACCCAGACUCACAUCUCAGCAUAGCCACAGGCUUUGGUUGUGCCACUAUCUUCUGGUACAUGAAACAUAGGCCGGGGUUCCUGUCUGACUUCAUGGUGGCAGGAACCAUCCAUGACUAUGUGGUGUCCAUGCUGUGUGGCUUGGAGAGCUGUGUCAUGACUGGCCAGAAUGCAGCCAGCUGGGGCUACUUCAACACUGCCACUAACCAGUGGAACAUAGACAUUCUGAAGGAUGCUGGCUUUCCUGUGCACCUGCUCCCUGAGUGUGUGCCGUCUGGCUGCAUGGCUGGUCAGACGUGCUGUGAGUGGCAUGGCGUCCCUGCCAGCACACCUGUAGGGGCAGCCCUGGGAGACUUCCAGUGUUCUGUCUACUCCAGCAUGAUUGACAGGACGGAUGCAGUUCUCAAUAUAAGCACCUCAGCCCAGCUGACCUAUGCCAUGCCACUUGACUUCACUCCGCCAAAUAUCCCUGAUCCCACCUCUUCCAUCUCCUACUUCCCUUACUUCGAUGGCUCCUACUUGGCGGUGGCAGCAUCACUCAACGGAGGGAACGUGAUGGCCACUCUUGUAGGCAUGCUGAGUGGCUGGAUGAACGAGCUAGAGCUGGAAGUGAGCGACUCCUGCUUGUAUGAGAAGCUGAUCAGAUGUGCCCUUGGAGUGGACAGUAGUGACCUGAGGGUUAGUCCUACCAUCCUGGGGGAAAGACAUGACCCGCUCAGCCUGGGCCAGGUGUCCAACAUACACCCUUCCAACCUCUCCCUGGGCCACAUGACCAGAGCGGUGUGCCGUGGUGUUCUGGACAAUAUCACCUCCAUGAUGCACCCGGUCUUCCUMCUGGAGGCCGGAGUGCAAAGGAUCAAGGGCAGUGGGAGUGCCUUAUCCCGUAACGCAGUACUCAGACAGGAAGCAGAAAGGGCGUUUCCUCUGCCUGUGGAAUACGGACAGGAUGUGGACUCAGCUGUGGGUGUGGCGAUAGUCUUACAUGACAGAAUGUGAAUUAUGAUACACACAGAGGGACUAUUUGUUUACUUGCAUAUUUGAAUACUUGAAUUGUAUUUUUUCUGAAUUACUAACAGAGACUAUUACAAUAAACAUCAUGCUUAUUUUACAUUCCAGUGAUAUCCUCAGACAUGUUUUUUAAUGAAUACUAUUGGAAAUUCAUUGUGCAAUCUCCAAUCAAGAUGAUGUCUCACAUUUAUAGUAUGAACUAAAAGUUCAAUUAGGCCUAUAGUAAGUGGUAAUUGGUAAUGUAUAGUUAACUACAGUAAAAAAAAAUGUACUUUAUUAAUGUUUGCAUUAGUGCACUUGAAAUUUCAACUAAAACAUUGUUCUGCUACUGCUAGCUUACAUAUCAUUGUUAUUAGUAAUAAUUACUAGGUAGGAUUUUAGUAUUGAUAAUGAUUACAACUGUUUUAACUUAAUGAUUCAAUUGUUAUGUUAUAAUGGCAUGUAAAAUAAAUCCUAAAUCUUG